GGCAGAUACAGCCCUCGGGAUUCUUUCUAGCUUUUCCACUGCAGCUGACUGUGCAUCAUAUAAACCCUCCAGAAUCUCCCACUUGUUUCCCAUUUGGAACUCAUGGACUCCAGAAACGCUUCUGGCACCAGUGCCACCAAUGCCUUUCGAGAACAGGUCCAGCGCCUUACCAAUGAGAAUGUUCAGCUGCAAGACCGCAACGAAAGGCUGUACGCCAGGCUCGGGGAGCUGCAGGAGAAGACAGGGCAGCUGGCCGGGUCGAAGACUGCGCUGUCAUCAAGGCUGGUCCGCAGCGAAGAAGAGAAACUGAAGAUUUCCAAGGACCUGGUUGAUUUCCAGAUCGAGAGCAACAAAAUGAGAGAGCAAUACGAGGAGGAAUGUUUUGAACUGAGGAGCACGAUCCUGGCCUUGGAGAAUCGUAUUCUGGCAGUCGAGCUCCAUGACGAGAAGACCAGCGGGGAGCGGGACGCCUUGCGGGAACGGCUGCAGGCCUUAGAGGCGAACCACAAGGAGCUGGCGGAUGAAUACCUGGUUCUGAAGAGCAAUUAUCUGGCGCUGAGCGGGGAGCACGAGCAGGAAGUCACCAAGAAUGAAGAGCUGAGUCUAGAGCUACUCAACUUGGCCGGCACUAGGACUUCUCACCCUUGCGGGCGGAAUUACAGCCCCCAGGCCCGCGGCCAAGCCGACGAGCCUUCUGCCGAACUGGAACGGGUGCGCGCUUUGGUCCACCGUCUCUCUGCCCGCAAAGUGAAGCCAGAAGAUGUGAUUGCUUCAGAACACGAACGUCGGAAAUUGGAGAAAACGCUCUUUGGAAAUCAAGACCACAUCGCCGCAGAGAUGGAAAAGAUGAAGGAAAUGUACAAUUCCCAGCAACAAAAACUGGAGGAGAGAAUGGUGGCCAUGGGCAAAGAGCUACAGGAGGCCAAGAAAGCAAUUCGGAACACCCAGCACAAGCUAGCGGAACAGUCAGCGGUUCUCCUCAGCUCCCAAAACCAGCUCCAAGAAGUUGAGGCUGAGAAUUCCUGCCUCCAGACGCAGCUGAAGGAGUUGAAUGAAGAGUACCGAUCGCGGCUUGUGCAGUACGUCACGGAUCUGGCGGCGUACAUGGACAGUAAGUCUGCAGAGAAGAUGGGGCCCGGGAAAGCCCCAUCGGAAGCGGCUCACAUGAAGCGUUUCGUGGACAGCAUGCUGAAGGACAUCCGGGCUUCGUACAAGUCUCGGGAGGAGCAGCUGGCCACGGCGGCCCGGGGCUACAAGAAACGCCUGCAGAACCUGGUGAAGACCCACGAGAACCUGCUGAUUGCAUACAGGAUGCAGCGCGAACAGAUCCGGUUGCUGGGUAGUGAUGAAAUGGACGCUGGCCCGCCGGAGCACCACCUCGCCAUUACAGACGCAGAGCUGCUGUCCAGCACCUCUCAAGAGCUGAACCGGCUGCGGGAAGACAAAGCCAGGCUGGAGGGCGAGCUGCACGAACUGCAGACGAAGGUCAAGUUCAGUGAAAACAGCGCAAGGACUUCACCUCCACACAUGCUGAAUGAAGGCUGGGCGGAGCUUAGGAAGCAGCUUCGAGAGUUCACGCACACCGUGCAGGAAGAUCUGGAGAAAGAGAGGAGCCAGCUGCUGACACGGGCGAUGGUUGCAGAAGAGCAGGUGGCCGAACUGCACGAGUAUGUGGAUAAGCACCUUGUGAGGUACAAGCAAGAGAUUGUGAGGCUGAGGAAGCUCCUGGGAACAGAUGGACCCCGAGCACUGAGUGCGGGAGCUGCCGACAUUCCACCGAUUUUGAAACCCCAAAGGAAUCGGAGCAAUGAAAUGUAGUG